AUGGAGCUGCGGAGGCUGCCCGGCUCGGCCUUGCCGGCUGCGUCCUCGUCCUUUGGCAAAUGCAUUGAACGCGGAGAUGUGUGGAAAGGACUGAGCGGUGCAGCUGCCGGAUUAAUCAAGGCGCAAGAUGGGCGGAUCGUGCUGAGCGCAACCAUGGACGCGCCAGGCAUUCUGAUCCUCGACUACAGCGUUGAGACAGAAGGCAUCCCGGAGUUUGAGGUUGUUUCUGCCUCAGGCGACACGUCUGUCUUUCAGAUCACGUAUUCUGAGAGCGAGGCCGCACUGGGCCGCUACAUGGGCGACGGCCCGCUCUCGCUUGCUGCUGCCAUGGACACUUACCGUGUCAACUCCUACAACAUCUCGGCCCCUGGGCAGAGCAAAAACCGCCUGAUUAAGGGGGCUUCCGUUACCAGAAGCACAACCUCUCUUCAGCUGGCGAGGACUGUACAGCCCAGCGAGAUCCCCAAGAACUCCAUCCCGGAGUUCUGGCAGGUCUCAAGCGAAGGCGUCCUAAUUGAGAGUCAAGCUCCCCAAGCUGCCAUCGGUAUCACCGUGCAGUCGUCUACAACCCAUGCCCUCGAAUUCAAGGCCAAGCCAUCCGUGGGUGGUUUCGGGUUUUCUGUGCUGUCUGACACGCUGAACAGCACCAUCUACAUCUCGGUCAACGUCGCCGAAGGCACCAUUGCCGUGCACUCCGAUUCCACAACCAAGGAUACUCUGAUUCAGAAGGUGGCGCUUCCUACAGGUGCGUCCAGCAGUCUGGACGGCUGGCACCAGGUCCAGGCCCACGUGGUUAUGACUGAUAUCAACGCGACCAUCAACCGGGCUACCGCACUCAAGCUUUCCCAGUUCAGCAAGUUCUUCGGCUCUCACGGCAUCCGUGCUUCGUAUGGUCACCGUACCCUCUUCAGAGAUUUGAAGGUGACUGAUGCCACCUGUGCCACGACCUACGAACACCCGCUCACUGAUUCGAGCUGUUUCAAAGACUUUCUUGUCGGCAAGAAUCCCCUCGACACCUCGGCGGAUGCAACCCGUCGCGACCGCAUCGCCUCUACCGGCGAUCUCGACAUUGCCGGGGCUGCGGCCCUUACCAACACGCACGGCCUCGACUCUUUGGCUCUCUGCAGGGCACCCCGGGGAUUCUUCGUCCCCACAGCCAAGAUGUUCCCACAGCCAAGAUUCAGCAAGCCGCUGGGCUUCGAUAGGACCGGCCUGAUCGGCUACUCGUGGAAUCUGUUAACCGCUGUGGCCAUGACCUACACCCACACGGGUUAUAUCGAAUUCGCUGAAACCUGGGCUCCCAAAGCACAAAGGAUGCUCGACUGGUCCCACUCGCACUUGCUCCCUAAGGGUCUCUUCAACCUAACCGGCGCCACUUUUGGCGGCGACUGGAACUACUACGACCCUGCGCAGUCGGGUGUUGUGACCAAGGUUAACGUCAUCUACGCAUACGCUCUCCAAGAGACAUCGCGCCUGCUUACCGACGGAGGUGUCGAUGCCUCCGUGUCCCAAGACCGCCUUUCCACCCUUCGCUCCGCCAUCAACACGCAGCUCUGGAGCGAUGAGCUGGUCGCGUACGUAAUCUCGGAGACCAACCGCGACAGCUUUGCACAGGACUCCAACGCACUCGCUAUCCUCACCGGCGUCAACAAGGACCCUGCCCGCUCCUCUGAAUUAAUCCUCAAGACCCUUUUGAAGCAGCUGUCUACUCCCCACGGCCCCGUCGCUUUCUCUUCCGGCGCGACCUCCAGUGGUUUCAAGCGAUAUAUUAGCUCUUAUACCACUAGCUAUCACCUCCGUGGAGCCCUGACCGUCGGCAAUGCCGUGGUGGCGCGAGAACUUCUUUCAACUUUGUGGACGCCCAUGAUUCAGAAGGACAAUGCCAAUUACACUGGCUGCUUUUGGGAGACGCUCAAUGACAAAGGCGAGCCCGCAUUUGGCUUUUCCACGAGUCUUGCGAACGGCCCUAUCGAGGUCCGAUGGAAUUUUUGCGGCGAUCUGCUCAAAAUGACGGUUCAGGCGCCUGCGGGUACCAAGGCCACCAUCACCCUGCCCUCGCUGCUUCUGGUGAGCGCCGACGCAUCCGUGAUUCAUGUCGACGGCGCCGUCGUCCACGGUACGUCGUUCGAGGUCGAGGGGGGCGCAGCUGUGCGCAUUACGCAGUCGCUCAACGUUGAGCUCGUCAAGAACGGCUUGUCUUUCUUCCAACUUCGUAUUAGAAUCAGCCAAGAAUCAUAG